AUAGGAAGUGGUCAUGGGGGGAAAAAAACAGAACUGUGAAACUACUGUGUCUGGAACAGAUAGACAGACAGACUGAUAGACAGACGCACCAGCAGAAUGGCAUCUAUAAGCGACACCAUGGAACCCAACUGCUCCUUCGACGAGGUGGACCUUCUGAUGACAUCACUGGAGCUCGUCAUCUACGUGCCCAUCUUCGUGUUUGGCCUUAUCCUCAACGUCCUUGCCCUGGUUGUCUUCUGCAUCUUCCUCCGCAAGUGGAGCGAGUCCACCAUCUACAUGACCAACCUAGCCCUCAUGGACCUCCUUCUCCUCCUCCUGCUCCCCUUCAAGAUGCACGCCACCAACCACCAAUGGGCGGCCCACCACCGCUUCCUAUGCUCCCUCCUGGAGAGCUUGUACUUCGUGGGGAUGUACGGCAGCAUCUAUACCAUCGCCUGCAUUGCUGUGGACCGCUGGGUGGCCAUAUGCCACCCAUUCCGCGCCAAGCAGCUCCGUUCCCCCCGGGCUGCUUUGGGGACCUGCAUCCUGGUCUGGGUGGUGGUGCUGGGGGGCAUCUCCCCCAUCUAUGGGUUCCGCAAGGAGGAAACGGGGUACUUCCACUGCUUCCACACGUUCUCAAAGGAGGGCUGGCAUCCAAAGGUGAUCGGCUGCCUGUUGAGCUUCGGGUUCGUGGGGCCGGCCCUGGUGCUGGUGGUGUGUUCAGCCCAAAGCAUCCGGACACUGAGGCAGUCGGGCCAGGAGAGCCCUAAAAGCAGAAGCUGCGUGAAGAUCAUUUACAGUAGUCUCUGUGCCUUCCUGGUCCCGUUCACGCCCAGCCACCUGGGCAUCCUGCUGCAGUUCCUGGUGCAUCAAAGCCUGAUCGAGGACUGCUUGGCCAAGACGAGGAUCAGCUUGUACAUUCAGGUGACCAUGAGUCUGGCCAACAUCACAUGCUGUCUGGACGCUCUAUGUUACUACUUCAUCACCACGGAGGUGAGGAGCUCCAAGCAGACCUUCACCUUCAGGAGGUCCAUGAGCCAGAAGAGAGCCACCACCAGCACUUCGGAGGUCUGAUAAGACCCACGGAAGAAAAAGCACUGACCCAAACUGGUUGAAAUGACGUUUUAACCAUUUUCGCCCACUGGGAAGUUACUGGCUGUAAUCUGACUAAGUUUGUGAGACAUUCUGCCACUGUUUGAGGACAAGGGACGUCGACAAGGAAAAAGGAGUGUUUAUUGUUGAAAACAAGGUAGGUUGAAGGACAACAAGGUACUGUAGGUUGAAUAGGAGAAGUCAGUUUGCUUACAAUAGGCAUUCAUGAGCUCUAUAAGUCAUACAGUACGUGGGCUAAGACAUACAGUCAGGUCCAAAAUGAUUGGAUCCCUUGAUAUAGACGAUCAAAAAAGACUGUAUAAAAUAAAUUAUACAAAUACUGAGCUGUAUUGUAUGCUCAAUAAAAUAAAAAAAAGACAAUUAUAUUAUUUUAUGCUAAUACAAUUGCUGAGAAAAAGAGAUUUUGUUUCACAAGUCAUUUUUUUGAAAUCUCAAAAAGAUAUGGAUCCCCAUUUUUCAAUACUCCAGCACCCUCCCCUUGCAAGGAUAAUGACGCUGAGCCUUUUUCUAAAAUGUUUUAUGAGAUUGGAGAACACAUUGGGAGGGAUCUUUGACCAUUCCUCUAAACAGAAUCUUUCCAGAAUAUUUCCUUGGUCUGCGCUUAUGGACUACCCUCUUCAAUUCAAACCAUAGGUUUUCAAUGGGGUUCAAGUCCAGAAACUGAGUUGGCCAUUGCAAAAUGUAGAUUUUGUGGUCAGUUAACCAUUUCUUUGUGGACUUUGAUGUGUGCUUGGGUUUAUUGUCUUGCUGGAAGAUCCACUUGCGGCCAAGUUUUAGCCUCCUAGCAGAGGCAACCAGGUUUUUGGCUAAAAUGUCCUGGUAAUUGAUAAAGUUCAUGAUGCCGUUGACCUUAUUAACAGAGGCCCCAGGACCGGUGGAAUCAAAGUAGCCCCAUAACAUCAAAGAUCCACCACCAUAUUUUACAGUCGAGAUGAGGUAUUUUGCAUAUGCGUUGUUCCUUCGAAGGCCAAACCGACCAGUGGCGUGCGUGGCCAUAUACUUCUAUUUUCAUGUCAUCUGAUCAUAGUUUGCUAAAUGGCAUUGGCACUUAGAUUGGAACCGGUCAUAUGACAUAUUUUAUUUUAUACAGUCUUUUUUGCUCAGCUUUAUCAAGGGAUCCAAUCAUUUUGGACUCCACUGUAUGUGGGCUAAGACAGCACGCCACUGGUUUCAACUGCCGUCAUACGGAAAAAAUCUCCCUUAUCUGUGUAUACAGUAUGCUGAAUGUUACUGUGGAGUUAUAAUUAAACAUAUGUUCAUCAACUAUA